CUGAAUAACGCUACCUGUCAAAAACCAGCAAACUCGUGAAAAAUACGUGAAAUAUUCUUCUGAGUUGUGCAUUUAUUUUCAAAAAAAUCAUCUAAAAAUCGCUAAUAUCAACAAUUUUACGUAGUUGAAUCAUGAAUUAGCAUAAUUUCUGAGCCCAAACCGUUGAAAUCCUGAUCGAAAAAACAUGUCUUUGUUCCGUAAGCCGAAGAAACCCAUUCAGCGACGCGUUUUCAGUGGUUACGACGACGAAGAUGAACCUGCCGCGGGUGGCCCCACCGGCGCCACCGCAUCCGCCCCAUCCUCAAGCGGGUCACAACAGCAACAGGACAAUGGAAGUCGAAUGGAUGUGGAUCCGAGUCCACCGCCGCCACCAAUAAUCAGCAAGCCCUCCAAGAAGGACAAGAAAAGUUCAAAACCUGCGGCCGUGAGCAGCGCCACUCCGAAGUCCACUGCCACUUCCAAAAUGUCUUUGCUAAGUUUCGACGAUGAAGAGGAAGAGGAAGUGUUCCAGGUGAAGAAAACGUCCCAGAGCAAGAAAGUGAUGAAAAGUUUGGAUAAGGAACGUCGCCGGAAGCGCCACGCUGAGAAGAACGGCUCGAAAAAUGCUCCCAGUUCGUCCUCGUCUUCAUCGAAAAGCAAAAACAAUCGAGAUCCGUCGACAACGGAGGACUUUGAUAAAGAUAAUUUAAAAAAGGAAAAGUGUGAAAAUACUAGUUCUAAUAUCCAAACAGAAAUACGCACAGACGACUUUGUGCUUGUGGUCAAGAAAUCGGAUCCGAAAAAUCCUAUUCUGAACGGCCGGGCGGCUCUGUGUGCCGGUAGAGAUGACAUGUCUUCCGAGGAGGAAGACGACGAAGAAGGGGAAUCCGCUGGCGAAGGGCACCAUCGUUUUGCGAAGCCGGAUAACUUCAAGAUGUGCCUGGAGAAUGGCGUCAUCCCGGAUGCAGCUAUGAUUCACGCGGCUAGAAAGCGGCGUCAGAAGGCUAGGGAGCAGGGUGAUUUUAUUCCGGUGGAAGAACCGAAGGACGAUGAAAGCAAAAAGCGAGUGGUUCGCGAGGAUGGCGCUGGAGACGGAUCUGACGAGGAUGACGAUCGCAUUGAUAUGGCUGCCAUCACUGGCGCCAAGGAGCGGGAAGAGCGCCGGGAGCAAUUUUAUUCGGUUCAGCGUGAAGAUUCAGCGGAUGAUUCCGAUAUGGAAACAAAAGAGUGGGAAAAUCAGCAGAUUCGGAAGGGCGUGACUGGUGCUCAAUUAGUUUCCGCCCAGCAGGAAUCCGUCAUCUCACAGUACAUGAUUCAAGGCUUCAGUCAAUCCAGUUACCAAGGCAUCGACGAGGAGUCACUUUCAACAGCGGCUCUGCUGGAACAAGCGUACGCAAGAACUACGGGUCUGACGAAGGCAAACACCCGUGCCGCUUCGGCAAGGCUUAUCUCUCGGGUGGCGACUGGUGGGCAGCAGGAGCAGAAAAUUUCCGGACCCCGAAUGCCGCAGGAGAUUCUGAAGCAACUCAGCGGAAAGCUUGAGACCACUCGGGAGUUGAACUACAAACAUAUCACCGAUAUCGAGAAGAUUACUCAGGAGGUGAAGUUGCUGAAGCUUGAUCACUUGCAGUGCGAACAGAAGGCCCCAGUCGCCGCGGCUAAGUACCGGUUCUAUCAGGAGAUGCGGUGCUACGUUAGUGAUUUGGUUGAAUGUUUAGACGAAAAAAUUCCACCGAUUGUGACGUUGGAGCAACGUGCACUAGCUCUGAUGGCCAAGUACUCGAGUAUGCUGAUCGAGCGAAGGCGGCAGGAUGUCCGGGAUCAGGCCAAAGAAAUGGCCGAUGCAAGCAAAAACUUCAAACGCCCUCAGGACGACCCGGAUCGAGUCCGUAGAGCGGCUGAGCGCGAGGGGCGGCGAACCCGUCGACGGCGCGAUCGUGAAAAGAACGAACAGUCCGAUUCUCACCUGGAUGGUAUGUCGAGCGACGACGAAGUAGCGGACAUCGAAAUCACCCAACACCGAGCCGGUCUGAAGGAGAUAGCAUUGGAAGCGAUUCACGUUUUCGACGACGCCGACGAGGAGUUCUGCGAGAUCGGACGAAUACUGCAUAAAUUCCAGGGUUGGCGCGAGGCGGAGAUGGAUUCUUACAAGGACGCAUACGUCAGUCUCUGCCUGCCGAAGAUUCUGGGAGCGCUGAUUCGAUUGAGGCACGUUAGCUGGAAUCCCGUCAGUGGCGAAGACGAGCUGAACUUUGAAAGAGAAGACUGGUAUCGUAGGUGUGUGUUAUAUGGCAGCCAGUCGGAUGAUACGGAAGGUAGCCUGGCGGAGGAUCCUGACGUUCGAUUAAUUCCGACACUUGUCGAGAAAAUUGUGCUUCCCAAGCUGACAGUGCUAAUCGAACAGGUAUGGGACCCGCUCUCAACCACACAAACCCUCAAACUGGUACGGCUGAUAAACAGGCUUAGCCGAGAUUAUCCAUCGCUUCGAAGAACCUGCAAGCAACUGAGAACCCUUUUCCAAGCCAUCUUGGAUAAGCUAAAACUAGCCAUCGACAACGAUGUUUUCAUUCCAGUCUUUCCCAAGCAAUUGCAAGAAGCAAAAUCAUCCUUCUUCCAGCGGCAAUUCUGCAGCGGCCUCAAACUGCUGCGCAACAUCACAAGCUGGCAAGGUAUCAUCGCGGAUGGUCCACUGACGGAGCUCGCUAUUGGUUCGCUGAUCAAUCGUUAUCUGCUGAAUGGGAUGCGUGUUUGCACUCCUACUGAUGCCAUCAACAAAGCUUCGAUGAUCGUAUACACGCUGCCACGGGUGUGGCUAACGUCCGGCUCGUCGGUGGUUCAGAGCAUGGAUCAGUUCAUUGCGAUGCUGCGUCAUGUGGAAAACCAGCUAGAUCCUGUUAUAUCGAAUCAUGGGGAGCUUCUGGAGAAGAUCAAAAAGAUUCUAGCCAGCUUGCACGUGGUAACGUAAAGGUCAACGUAGAAUAUCUCAAACAACAGCUUACUUUUGUCUUCUUCGAAACUAAGAUAGGGUGGUUAAGCAGUUAAACUUUAUUAUUAUUUAUAGCCUUGGCGGUUUACAACUAUAUAUUACAAACUUUAGCUAGGUCACUUACGCUGAGAAGUUUUCUCAUGUAGGUUCACAGCAAAGCGUGGACCUCAGUGCCAGUCUUCGCAAUGAAUCUUCACAUUCGUGUACUUCGUCAGCCUAAUGGACCAUAACAAAAUCUUAUCACAAUGACCAAACUUUAAGCAAGCAGCACUUAAUGUUGUAACAAUUGAAUGUGAACCAGCGUGAAUAUUUGAUAAUCUCAACCUGAAGAUAAGUAGUCACCGUGUAGAACUUCUCUCACUUUGUAUGUAGCCUAGGUUUUGGAUUAUAGCUGUAAGAUUGCAUAAAAUUA